AAGAGAGGAACAUUGCCCAUGCUUGCGAUGCGAUUCGGGAAAUUUUUUUUUCUUUCCGAAAAUGGGCAUCAAGGUAGUUCCACUUCCCUCUUCUUCAUUGUUGAUUGAGUCGUCCGUUGAUUUCGAUAGGGGCUGACGAAGCUACUGGCGGACAAUGCCCCUAAGGCGAUGAGGGAGCAGAAGCUGGAGACCUACUUUGGCCAGAGGAUCGCCGUCGAUGCCAGCAUGAGCAUCUAUCAGUUCCUCGUUGUGGUUGGGAGGAAGGGGACUCAGAUGCUCACCAAUGAGGCUGGUCAAGUCACCAGUCAUCUGCAAGGCAUGCAUUACCGAACGAUUAGGCUGUUGGAAGCAGGGAUACAGCCAGUCUACGUAUUUGAUGGUAAACCUCCUGAUUUGAAGAAGCAAGAGCUCGCACAAUGGUGAUACAACAGCACAAUGAAGACUGCAAAAAACUAUUGAGACUUAUGGGUAUCCCAGUAGUUGAGGUUACUAUUCUGUCUGAGAAGUUCAUUCUUCUUUAUUCGUAACAAAAAUGUUAGAUACCAGAUUCAGUUUAUGUAUGUCAGGCCCCUUCAGAAGCAAAGGCACAAUGUGCUGCUCUUUGAAAAGCUGGAAAGGCAUGUAUCUUCCUGGUUGAUCGUCUUCUGAUUUAGAAUAAUUCAUUGUUAUCUCAUGAUAAUCCAAUCAUCUAACUCUAUGGAAAUGACAUUUUUUUUUUUGCAUGAUUUCGUGUAGCUGCGGAAAGUUUGGAUGUGCCUCCUGAUUGCAAAAUGGGAAAUUUAUGGCUUACAAGAACUUUGUAUACCUUAUCAAAUGCCCUUUUGUGAAGGCGUGCACUAGAAGAAAGAAUGGAUAAAAGCAUCUUGAGC